AAUUAACUUUCUACAUCUGCAAACCUUUUUUUAAUCAAGCUUCAUGCGCCACACCUUGUCACUCAUCUGCUCGAGUCAUCAGGCUGCACUUCCUCCAUUGAACUAUUGAUGGACAGUUCUCACACCAGUUACAUUUUCAAGAAACAUUGAAUCUUGCAAGAGGGGAGGCAGUGGAUUUCACAUGAAUAUUGCAGCCACAGGCGCACAGACAGAAUGUAAUAUAACACAGGUCUCCUUGCCAGCCAAAGGCAAGAUAUAUUGUGUGAGGUGGAGAGAGAGAGAGAGAGACAGAGGGGGCUUUGGUUUUGUGGCAUGUUAUCUCGUGUUCGCUGCUAGGUGGAGCCCGAGUAUUCGGCGUGAGCGGCAAUCCACAUCCGAGUUUUUCCUCUCACCUUUCCCCGGCUCUCCAAACCCUCGGUCUCCACACAGAAUUACUCCCAGCCAGUGCGCACAAUUGGUUUGUCAUUGUCGCGGGGAGCUCAGCAGCCUUUGGACCCGAACAAGUUGAGAUUCCUCUCUCUCCCCCUCCGGCGGAGCUUUUCCUCACAAGAUCCCUCUCCUCCUCUUCUUUUUUUUUUUUUUUUUUUUUUUGUAAUUCCUCUGGAUACUCUUUUUUUUUUCUUCCUGAAGGCUGCUGGCGUUUCGCCCUUUCAGCUGCAUGGGACGUGAUGUAGCCCCCGCGCAGAAGGACGGACGCCUUGUGCCAUAAAGGGAUGUAGCGGCGUGGAUACAACACGAGGGAACCUGCUGUUUCUCCUCCAGCCACAUCACCACGACUCGGAUUGUGGACGCACGGCACAUUUUGUUGUUGUGUUUUUUGCGAGGAUAUUGAAAGGAGGAGACAACAGUUUGGGUUUCCCCCCCCCUCUCUCGUCCUGUCCUCCACACACUGUGCGUUAAAGGACGGUUCCCUGAAAAGACAGUUCAUACUUUGAAUGGAAGGACGCGAGAUUUACCCUCCGCUCCACCGGUGAUUUCCAAACCCAGGGACAGGCCAUGGUUUUAUUAUCUGGCAUGUGACACGCUGGAUCGGUGAGGAGAACACUCAAGAAUCGCUCUCCCUUUCACGCCGAGAGAUUUUGGAAAGCAUCUGGCGCCCGUGCGACAGGACUCGUGGGAAGAGUGGCGCAGUGGAGGGAGCCGUGCCGUAAAGGAAGCACCCUAUCCGGGCUUCUGCCACGAAAAGACUGAGCACUGAACUCAACUGGGAACUUCAGCAGGGGGCGGUAAGAGGAGGAGGAGGCCAUGUGGACCGCACGCCUGCUAGUUCUCGCCAGCCUCUUUGCACCAGCCGCUCUGGCCUUUAGUCGAGCACCCAUCCCCAUGGCAGUGGUGAGGAGGGAGCUGUCGUGCGAGAGCUACCCCAUCGAGCUGCGCUGCCCGGGCACCGACGUCAUCAUGAUCGAGAGCGCCAACUACGGUCGCACCGAUGAUAAGAUCUGCGACGCAGACCCUGCACAAAUGGAAAACACGAGGUGUUACCUGCCUGAUGCAUACAAGAUCAUGUCCCAAAGAUGUAAUAACCGGACCCAGUGUGCUGUCGUGGCUGGACCAGACGUAUUCCCUGACCCUUGUCCCGGAACCUACAAAUACCUGGAGGUCCAGUACGAAUGCGUACCUUACAAAGUGGAACAAAAAGGCUCCUCAGUAUUCCUGUGCCCAGGGCUUCUGCGCAGGGUGUACCAGAGCGAGCACCUCUUCGAAUCGGACCACCAGUCCGGCGCCUGGUGCAAGGACCCUCUCCAAGCCUCUGAUAAGAUCUACUACAUGCCAUGGACACCCUAUCGCACAGACACAUUGACUGAAUAUUCUUCCAAAGAGGACUUCAUCGCAGGAAGGCCGACAACAACCUACAAACUCCCACAUCGCGUCGACGGAACAGGCUUUGUGGUGUACGACGGGGCACUCUUUUUCAACAAGGAGCGCACACGCAAUAUUGUCAAGUUUGACCUGCGGACUCGUAUCAAGAGCGGCGAGGCCAUUAUCGCUAACGCCAACUACCAUGACACAUCUCCAUACCGCUGGGGAGGGAAGUCAGACAUCGACUUGGCCGUUGAUGAAAACGGCCUUUGGGUGAUCUAUGCCACUGAGCAGAACAAUGGGCGGAUCGUCAUCAGCCAGCUCAAUCCAUACACGCUGCGUGUCGAGGGGACCUGGGACACGGCUUACGACAAACGCUCAGCGUCCAACGCCUUCAUGAUUUGUGGAAUCCUGUAUGUGGUAAAGACGGUGUACGAGGAUGAUGACAAUGAAGCAACAGGAAACAAGAUUGACUACAUCUACAACACAGAACUAAGUAAAGAUGGGUUUCUGGACAUCCCUUUCCCCAACUCCUAUCAGUACAUUGCUGCAGUGGAUUAUAAUCCCAGAGACAACCUGCUGUAUGUUUGGAACAACUACCAUGUGGUGAAGUACUCUCUGGACUUUGGAGCGUUGGACAACAGACUCGAAACGUCCUCCUCUGUGAUGGUCUACAUGGACACGACGACCACGACGACGAGGACCACCACUCGACCUACCACGGUUACCAUGACAUCCACAGUGGCCAGGACGACUACCACCAAGAUGCCCACAACGACGGCUGCAGCUGCUCAGUGGCCGCGGACAACAGCGAAGGUGGUGGCCCCAGCGCAGACGCCGGUGGAGGGUUUGGCCCCCGAGGACAACGACAGAGCGCCACCUUCCUCCAAGCUGCCCAACAUCAGGGUGGAGUACUGCAACCCGCUGGUGAUGAUGGACAUCUCCUGGCCCAAGACUAAGCAGGGGGUGGUGUCCAAGAUGCUCUGUCCACCUGGAACCAUAGGCGUCGCCUCAUACAUGUGCGUGGGUCCAGAGGGAUACUGGGACCCCCAGGGACCCGACUUCAGCAACUGCACCUCCCCGUGGGUCAACCUCAUCAGCCAGAAGCUUAAAGCCGGCGAGACAGCUGCGGUCAUUGCCAGGGAGUUGGCGGAGCAAACCAAGAGUAAUCUUCAGGCGGGGGACAUCACCUACACAGUGAAGGCAAUGGUCCAGCUGGUGGAUCUCCUCGACGUGCAGCUGAGGAACCUCACGCCAGGUGGCAAAGACAGCGCCGCACGGAGCCUCAACAAGCUGCAGAAAAGAGAGCGCUCUUGCCGGUUUUAUGUUCAGGCCAUGGUGGAGACGGUCAACAAUUUGCUGCAACCGCAGGCCCAGGCGGCGUGGAGGGAGCUGAGCACGGGCGAGCAGCUGAGGGCCGCCACCAUGCUGCUCGACACGGUGGAGCAAGGCGCCUUCGUCCUCGCCGAUAACCUGCUGAAGACGGACAUUGUGCAAGAGAACACCGAAAACAUCCAGCUGGAGGUUGCAAGAAUGAGCACAGAUGGAAACUUACCUGAUCUGAAGUUCCCACAAACCGGAGGACAAGGCAACUCCAUCCACCUUUCUGCGAACACACUAAAGCAGCACGGACGAAAUGGUGAGAUUCGGAUUGCUUUCGUUCUGUACAAACACAUCGGCAUCUACCUUUCAACGGAGAAUGCCAGCGUGAAGCUGGGCAGUGAAGCCCUGGCGACCAACUACUCCCUCAUCGUGAACUCACCGGUAAUCACGGCGGCCAUUAACAAGGACUCUAACAAGGUCUACCUCUCUGACCCAGUCAUUUUCACCAUCAGGCACCUCCAGCAAUCCAAGGAGAACUUCAACCCCAACUGUUCAUUCUGGAGUUACUCCAAGAGAACCAUGACUGGCUACUGGUCAACGCAGGACUGCCGUUUGCUGGGCACCAACAGGACACACACCACGUGCUCCUGUACCCAUCUCACCAAUUUCGCCGUUCUCAUGGCUCAUGUGGAUGUCAAGCACGCAGACCCCGUUCACGACAUGCUCCUGGACGUCAUCACCUGGGUGGGGAUCCUCUUGUCCCUGGUCUGCCUGCUCAUCAGCCUCUUCACUUUCUGCUUCUUCCGGGGCCUCCAGAGCGAUCGCAACACCAUCCAUAAGAACCUGUGCAUCAGCCUGUUCAUCGCCGAGUCCCUGUUCCUGGUGGGCAUCAAUCGGGGUGACCAGCCGAUUGCCUGUGCCGUCUUUGCCGCCCUGCUCCACUUCUUCUUCCUGGCAGCGUUCACGUGGAUGUUCCUGGAGGGCGUGCAGCUCUACAUCAUGCUGGUGGAGGUGUUCGAGAGCGAGCAUUCGCGACGCCGCUACUUCUACCUGGUGGGCUACGGAGUUCCUGCGCUAAUUGUGGCGGUUUCAGCUGCGGUGGACUACCGAAGCUACGGCACAGACCGCAUUUGCUGGCUUCGCCUGGACACCUACUUCAUUUGGAGUUUCAUAGGACCGGCAACCUUGAUAAUUAUGCUCAACGUUAUCUUCCUGGGCAUCGCUCUCUACAAGAUGUUCCAUCACACGGCCAUCUUGAAACCAGACUCCGGUUGCCUGGACAACAUCAAAUCAUGGGUGAUUGGGGCCAUCGCCUUGCUGUGUCUUCUGGGUCUGACCUGGGCCUUUGGUCUGAUGUAUGUCAAUGAGAGCACGGUGGUCAUGGCCUACUUGUUCACCAUCUUCAACUCGCUGCAAGGAAUGUUCAUCUUUAUAUUCCACUGUGUCCUGCAGAAAAAGGUGCGUAAGGAGUAUGGAAAAUGCCUGCGUACUCACUGCUGCAGUGCGAAAAGCGUGGACAGCUCCAUCGGCUCUGGGAAAGGCACGGCCUCUCGUGCUCCAGGACGCUACUCCACAGGGUCACAGAGCCGCAUUCGUCGGAUGUGGAACGACACGGUCAGAAAACAGUCCGAGUCCUCUUUUAUGACCGGCGACAUCAACAGCUCCGCGUCACUUAACAGAGGGGCUAUGGCUAACCAUCUUAUACCAAAUGCACUCCUACGUCCUCAUGGCACUAACAAUCCCUAUAAUACAUUGCUUGGGGAAUCGGCAGUCUAUAACAACCCUCUGGGCAUGUACAACACACAAGAGCCCUACAGAGAGACAAAGGGAAUCCUGAACAAUGCCCGGGAUACAAGUGUCAUGGAUACUCUACCACUGAAUGGUAACCAUGGCAACAGCUACAGCAUCGCCAGCGCCGAGUACAUGAGUGACUGUGUCCAGAUCAUUGACCGGGGCUACAAUCACAAGGAGACCACCCUGGAGAAGAAGAUCCUGAAAGAGCUCACCUCCAAUUAUAUCCCCUCCUACCUCAACAAUUCCCACGAGCGCUCAACCGAGCAGAACCGGAACCUCAUGAAUAAGCUGGUCAACAAUGUCAGCAACGGCGGCAAGGAUAGCGGCUAUGGGAUGGGCUUGGGAGUGGGGAUGGGCAUGAAUGUGGCGCUGAGCCUGGAUGACCACUCAACCUUUGGUCCGCACCAUGACGAAGGCCUUGGCCUGGAGUUAAUCCGUGAGGAGUCUAAUGCCCCGCUGCUGCCCCAAAGACCGCCCCCUUCCCUGCAGGCAGUGGACAACCUUCACAGUCAUCUCCACCCAUCAGCGCCGCCGCCCCUGCCGCUGUCCCACCACCCCUUCUCAUCCGCCACCACUUCCUCCUCGUCCCGAAGGAGGAUCCCCCAGGAGAACAGCGAAAGUUUCUUUCCCUUACUCACUAACGAGCACACUGAGGACGAGGGCUCGUCACCCACCCACAACCACCAGAGAGACUCCCUGUACACCAGCAUGCCCAUGCUGCCCGGCCUGCCCGAUGUGUCUGCAGAAUCUGCCGACAGCUCCAAAGACGGCGGGGAUGCCAAGAGCCCGGAGGCCAGCUCCGACGACGUUUACUACAAGAGCAUGCCCAACUUGGGCUCACGCAACCACCUGCAUCAGCUGCACUCCUACUACCAGCUAGGGCGGGGCAGCAGUGAUGGCUUCAUCGUGCCGCCAAACAAAGAGGAUCUAUCUCCAGAAGAAGUCCACCAGGAGCCCUCGCACCUGGUCACCAGCCUAUAGGCCCCAAAACAACCCACCCAAUAGUGUCCCUCCUAUUACCGUAGUCCUCCUCCUCCCCGUGUCCUCUUGUUCUAUCAGUCGUUGGCAGUGGUAGCCUUUCUUUUUAUUCAGUGUUCUGAAGACUAAAGCGGAGCAAAAAAUAAACUGUACUCUCGCUGUUGCCGACCACAACCAGGAUAGUAAUUGCUACGUAUGGGGGCGAGUACGUGACUAUAUUUGGUUAGACAAAGCGGGAAUCUGUUGAUGUUGUGUCCCCCCCCACCCCCCCUCGAACCCCGUGUGGUUUGGCGUGUUUUGUCUCGGUGUGAAAAGAGGCAAUUGCUCGAGCAGGAUUUUUAGGUCUCAGAGAUAAAGUACGACAGUCGAACGGAACUGCACAGCCCCCAAACUAUACAAGUCUAAAUUAUAGACUUCACCAUAAUAAGUGGGAAAUUUAAAAAAGGACUAUUUUAUUAUUCUUCUGUAUCUAUAUUGACUUUUUGAAAGAUUUUCUUCCUCUUUGGUGAGUUGCAGCACAUUUUGUUUGCUGAAGUGUCCCUUCAAUGAAAAAAAAAAGAGAGAAAAAAACAACAAAAAAAACAUUUUGAACAAUUACCAUGAAGGAAUUAUUGAUCGUAUGCUUUCAAGCAUAGCUGUUUUUUUUUUCUUUCAUUUUACUGUGAUAACAGUUGUUAAAAGAGGGAGAAAAAACUAAUACAAGGAAUUAUGAGAUAUUUCUAUGUAAUUGUACAGAUAACUAGCAUUGCACAUAAUAGUAUGCUUUUUUUUGUUCCGAGCAAAACCCUUUGUCUCUGUAAAUGUAGUGGUUAGGAGAAAUUUUGUUCUGUUGUGCUGGCCUUUCUGGGUUUCUGGUAAAAGUCUGUUUCUUUUUUUUCUCCUCUUUUAUCACUUUCCAGAAAUAAUCAUCUUAAUAGAAACAACAUAACACAAACAGGUAUCCCUCAGAAAGGUUCAUUGUGCAUUCUGCAUCUCUAUUGGCGUUCAGAAAACACUUGUGCUUCUCAGAAAGAGAACAAAUUGAACAUUGACGAGCACUAGGCACUUGUACAAACAAAAAAAGAAAGUUGGCUGUUUUACUUAUUAAAGAAAGAGCUUUUGGAGUGAGAAAAACUGGAAGUGUUUUUCUUUUUCUUCCUCAAGGAGAAAACAUAUUUAUUUAUUUGUUCAAAUGAACCGUAACAAAUGGAGGUGACUUUAGCGGCACAAAUACAAUUUUUUUUAUUAUUAUGGCUUCUUAUUUAUUCCUUUUUGUAUUGGUUUCCAAGCUGAAUGGCAUAGCUAAUAUUUGUUGUAACAGUGAAACUUGUUAACCAACAAAUAAAUUACUGAUUAAGAUUUAUCACUUAGCUACGAGGGAAGGUUUCAUCUGGGCCAUGGAUCUCUUUUGUACGGAUACCAGUGAAGGACCUAGACACGAUGGAACGACCAGUUCUUUUUUGUUUAAUUAUCAGUUAAUCUCCCUCAUUAGCCCUCUGUCUAUUUCAGUGCCAAAUACAUUUGGCCCAGCAGCAGUGGAUGUGCUCUGUAUGCUCUGGUCUGCUUUACGAUAGAAGCAGUUGAUUUCAUAAGCUGUAAUAAAUAUUUCAAUAUCA